AUGUCAAAUGGAGGGGAAAGGAAAGCGGGAUACCUAAAAAAAACGACUAUUGGAGGUGUGUUCCAGUCUUCAGUCAAGGGGGUGUGUUCCAGUCUUCAGUCUUGGAGGUGUGUUCCAGUCUUCAGUCUUGGAGGUGUGUUCCAGUCUUCAGUCUUGGAGGUGUGUUCCAGUCUUCAGUCUUGGAGGUGUGUUCCAGUCUUCAGUCUUGGAGGUGUGUUCCAGUCUUCAGUCUUGGAGGUGUGUUCCAGUCUUCAGUCUUGGAGGUGUGUUCCAGUCUUCAGUCUUGGAGGUGUGUUCCAGUCUUCAGUCUUGGAGGUGUGUUCCAGUCUUCAGUCUUGGAGGUGUGUUCCAGUCUUCAGUCUUGGAGGUGUGUUCCAGUCUUCAGUCUUGGAGGUGUGUUCCAGUCUUCAGUCUUGGAGGUGUGUUCCAGUCUUCAGUCUUGGAGGUGUGUUCCAGUCUUCAGUCUUGGAGGUGUGUUCCAGUCUUCAGUCUUGGAGGUGUGUUCCAGUCUUCAGUCUUGGAGGUGUGUUCCAGUCUUCAGUCUUGGAGGUGUGUUCCAGUCUUCAGUCUUGGAGGUGUGUUCCAGUCUUCAGUCUUGGAGGUGUGUUCCAGUCUUCAGUCUUGGAGGUGUGUUCCAGUCUUCAGUCUUGGAGGUGUGUUCCAGUCUUCAGUCUUGGAGGUGUGUUCCUGUCUUCAAUCUUGGAGGUGUGUUCCAGUCUUCAGUCUUGGAGGUGUGUUCCAGUCUUCAGUCUUGGAGGUGUGUUCCUGUCUUCAGUCUUGGAGGUGUGUUCCAGUCUUCAGUCUUGGAGGUGUGUUCAUGUCUUCAGUCUUGGAGGUGUGUUCCAGUCUUCAGUCUUGGAGGUGUGUUCCAGUCUUCAGUCAAGGGGGUGUGUUCCAGUCUUCAGUCAAGGGGGUGUGUUUCCUGACCGAUGAGCCACUGUAUACGCGGAAACCUAUUUCACUUCCUCAAAAUCCCCAGAAUGAAUCUAAAUAAAUUCCAUUAAAUCUGUGAUUCAUUUUGAUAUUUUGGCCGAGGAUGUUUCAGUCGUGCAAUUGUCCGUAGCUUUAGGUGUUUGGUGCAGCG